CUACUCUCAAAGGUUGUUGAGAAAUUAUGAGCGAGAAGUCUACACAACAUAUUUUCGUCUACAGCAUUCCUUGAUUAUUUUGCAAUUAUUCUAAGUAAGGUGUUUUAAUAUCUUGUGUAAAUAUUAAUUUGUUCUCUUGGUAUUCGUAAAGCUCAGCCUCAAUCCCGGCAUGCAUUAUGUCUGAUGAUGACGAUGACCGUUCUUAUCAAUCCAAAGUUCGAAAUGACGUUGUCUGGAAAGUUUUUAAUGACGCAAGAUCAAUGAAUCCCAGUAUUGACCCUGAAGACCUUGAUUGGAGAAAUGCUAACGGAAACACUGCCCUUAUGCUGGCGGUGGAAAGAGGAGAUUUGGGAACCUGUCAGUUUCUCCUUGAGCAUGGAGCCGAUCCUAACGUCCGGCGCUCUCGAUCAAGUAUGGUCACCGCCCUGUCAAUGGCAAAGAAAAUAUACAAUACAGAGUUUAUGAGAUUGCUUAUCAGACACGGAGCUCAUUUCUCAUGCAGUCAAGGCUUAGAGGUUUUGGAGAAAGCUGUUUUACACAAUAUGUAUAGAGAGAUAAUUGCAGGGGAAAACAAACGAUCGCAGACAGAAACUGGAGAGACUUUUAAAACAGCUUUAAUUGUUGCUCAUGAACAUGGUAGAAACGAUCUCGUGACUAAACUGAUACAAAACAAAGCUUCUUUAGAAUUAUCCUUUUUGAACUCAGACUCGCCCAAUUUAUUACAAAUUCUUGUCUCAUCUGGCAUGGAUGUCAAUUGGACAGAUUCUAGUGGUAGAGCCGCUCUCCAUAAAGCUGUCUUAUCAUGUCGACUUGAUCUUGUGCAGCUUUUAGUGGAAGAAAAGGCUAAUAUAGAUCCAGUGGACCAAGAAGGGAAUACACCUUUUCUACUUUCAAUACCAAAUAAAAAAGGUUUAUAUUUACUGUUCACCAAAAUACAUUAUUCUAAAGAAAUAGUUUCCUUCUUCAUUGAAAAAGGUUGCAAUAUUAAUUGUAGCAAUUUAAAUGGAGAGAUUCCUCUAUUUAAACUAAUGAAAUCUGGUUACCUAGAACUGGCGAAAAAACUUAUUGUAAAAGGCGCAGACAUUAAUGUCAAGACGUCCUCAGGAGACAACGCUUUACACAUGGCUCUAAAAGAAAACCAAACUGAGAUUGCUGAAUGUCUUAUAGAGAACAAAAUUGAUGUCAAUAUUCAGACCUCAGAUGGUCUUUCUGCUCUAAUGUUGGCAAUAGAUAGAGGAAAUGAUUAUCUUGUUAAUGCAUUAAUUAAAGCCGGUGCAGAUAUCAACUGUAAAGACCCUCUAAGGCGUAGCGCGUUAAUUAAAGCCAUUUCCUCAAAUUACAAAUUGGUAGGAAAAGAUAAUGAAAAACCGAAAUACCUUAACAUUGUUGAAGCUCUAAUACACGCAGGGGCGGAUGUAAACUGUGGCGAUUGUUAUUCAACUCCAGCAUUGAUUUUGGGUUUAGAAAAUGAAAACUUUGACUUGGUCAAACCGCUCAUUGACCGAGGUUGUAAUGUCAAUGUUAGAAAUAAAGAAAUGUUGACAGCUUUAAUGAUCGCUAUUGACAAGAAUCAGAAAGAUAUCGUUGAGAGACUAUUGCAGGCAGGAGCUAAUGACAAUGACACAGACUCUGAAGGAAACACGGCACUUAUGAGAGCAGUCGUGAAAGAAGAAACAAUAAUGUCAUACGAAAAAAAUUGUUUUUACUUCUACAAUAAGAAAUCCGUCCCCGUCAAGAAGGGUCUAAAGGACUCGGACGCUUUGGAGAUAGUAACCCUCUUACUUAGAAGUAACGCGGAUGUAAAUGUUUUGAACAAUAGACAAGAAUCUGCUUUGAAUAUUGCUUUGAGAAGACACACUGGUGACGUUGCUAAAUUACUUGUCCAAAACGGGGCUGAUGUAAACUCUUAUGCAGUGUCUUGUGAAGCACCUUUGUUAAGAGCUGCAACCCUCUUUGACUCUGGUCUUGUACAAGAAAUUGUCAAAACUGUUGAAAAUGUCAAUAUCCAAGAUGUACAUGAAAAUACGGCGUUGAUGAGAACACUAAAUCGACCCUAUGAGCGUUUAUUCGGCAGAGACGAAGCAGAUGAAUGUUUUAAAAUUGUUUGCUGUUUGAUAGACGUUGGCGCUUCUAUUGAUCUACAAAAUAAAAUGAAACAAUUCCCGCUGUUACUUGCUAUUGAUAAAAAGGACAUCAGAAUGGUUAAGUAUCUUCUCGACCAUCAUGCAAAUCCUAACCAAGUUGAUUCUUUCAGUUUCCCAGCGUUGUUUAGUGCCGUGAGAACUAAUGAUAAAGACAUUGUUGCGAUGCUUAUUAACUCUGGGGCAAACGUUAAUGCUGUGGACGGCAAAAGUCGAACAGCUUUAAUGUUCAGCUUAGAAAAUAAUGCUUUUAAAUAUAUUACAGACCAGGGAUCGAGAUUUAAAAUAAUACGCCUACAGGUCGAAAGCGGGGCUGAUGUCAAUGCAAGAAGUGAAGACAAUGAAACACCAAUCAUUCUAUCUGCAUACUUCAAUCAAAUGACCAUAUUGAAAUAUUUUCUAGAAAAGGGGGCUGACGUUAAUAGUACAGGUUACUAUCAUAGACUGAAUAGUUUUAAAAAAACGUCAACUGUAAGUAAGGAUAUACAAGAUAUUUUUGACUGUUAUGAACCUUCAAGUCCCUGCUAUGCUCAUACAAGUCUCAGCUAUGCUCCUACAAGUCCCAGCUAUAGUCCUACAAGUCCAACAUAUUGUCCUACAAGUCCCAGCUAUAGUCCUACAAGUCCCACCUAUUGUCCUACAAGUCCUAGCUUUGCUCCUACAAGUCCCAGCUAUGCUCCUACAAGUCCCAUCUAUACUCCUACAAGUCCCAGCUAUGCUCUUACAAGUCCCAGCUGUACUCCAACAUGUACCAGCUAUACUCCAACAUGUACCAGCUAUACUCCUACAAGUCCCAGCUAUGCUCUUACAAGUCCCAGCUAUACUCCAACAUGUACCAGCUAUUAUCCUACAAGUCCCUCCUACCAGACGUCAUGUUCACCUAAACAUGACCUAGUUGGCGAGGAAUUUUGUCAAAGAAAACUUUUAGACCUAGACAUAUUACCUACAAUUGUCUCCUGUAAACCUUCAAUCCAGACAAAUGGACGCAAUGUUCACCUCCAUGUAACACAAGCAGCGUAGAAUUUUGUGGAAGAA